CAAAAUAGUACCUCUGCCACUUCAGUUCUCUGUCUCCCUCGGAAAGCAGAAGCAGAGUAAGAGAGAAAGGGGGCGACCAGAAUUUUAAGAACACAAGAAAAUGGGAAGAAGAUUGAACAUUGUAUUUCUUGCAACAAUUGCCAUUGCGACUAUCCUGCAGAGCUCGUCGGCACAGACAGCUUAUGUUGUUGGGGAUGCGUCAGGUUGGGUCGUUCCUCCUGGCGGCCCCAUGGUUUACACCACAUGGGCAGCAAGCAAGGCUUUUAGAGUUGGUGACACUCUUGUUUUUAAUUUUGCUAGCGGAGUACACAACGUGGCCAGGGUAACAAGGGCGAAUUUCGAUGCUUGCAACUCUACAAAUCCUCUUCUUUUACUCUCAAAUGGUCCUGCAAAUUUUACCCUCAAUGAAACUGGGAAUCACUAUUUCCUCUGCGCCUUUCCUGGCCACUGCAGUGCUGGUCAAAGAUUGGCGAUAAACGUUAGUGCUGCAGCCUCAUCUCCUGCCCCUCAGCCUUCAACUCCACCCCCUCAACCCACUACUUCUCCACCAGCUUCUACUCCUCAGCCUUCUGGCCCUGUUCCAGCUCCCCAAGCUAGCUCCCCUUCACCCAUCUCUGCGCCAACCCCAGCUCCAUCUAGGCCACCAAUGACUUACAUCGUUGGAGACAAUUUGGGUUGGACUGUUCCUUCUGACGGUGCUUCGGCUUACGAAAGAUGGGCUAAUGGCAAGACCUUCAUGGUUGGAGACAUUUUAGUUUUCAACUAUGCCACCGGAGCUCAUGAUGUGGCCGAGGUUACCAGGGAAGCUUAUCAACAGUGUAACACAAGCAACACGCUUUCGAACUUCACCACCGGACCAACAAGAAUCACUCUCGGAACUCUUGGCGAGCACUUCUACAUUUGCGCCAUCACAGGCCACUGCAACGCUGGUCAAAAGCUCGCCAUCAAUGUCACAGACGGCAGCCCCACAGCGACCCCACCAUCCUCUUCCUCACCCUCACCCUCACCCUCACCGUCAACGCCAACACCACCAUCCUCGUCCUCACCCUCACCCUCACCAUCAACGGCAACACCACCAUCCUCCACCACCUCUCCCCCGCCUCCCGCAGGAGAUGAAGGUGCCCCCCCACCGCCGCCAGGCAACUCGGCAACAUCUCUAGGUGUUGCUGGGCUUUCCGUUACUUUCCUGUCCUUUAUCAUAGCUUUGUUCAUGUGUUAAUUAAACAUAGUAGUAAAAUAGAAUUAGUGUGAGAGAGGGCAUUCAUUUUUCGUCGAUGUCUUAUUGUCAUACAGAUUGAGAUUUUGAUUGCAAUAAAGAGAUAUUUUUGACA